AUGAUACGAGUAAUAUGUCUUAUUGGAAUUCUGUUCAUCAUUUCUCCGGCAAGAGCUGGAACCCGCGUAGUGCGCUCACCGCAAUUCGAGUUUAGUGAGGCGAACGCGCAAGCGGCGUCCUUCGGAGGCGGCUACCAUCAUAACCGCAGACCGGAAUUCGGUGGAGGUGGUUACGGCGGGGGCGGUUUCGCGAGAGGUGGCGGUGGUUUUGGCGGCGGCGGUUUUGGCGGUGGCGGUUUUGGCGGUGGUGGUUUUGGUGGCGGCGGUUUUGGCGGCGGCGGUUACGGGGGAGGUGGUGUCGGCGGCCAGGGCGGCGGUUACGGGGGGAGAGGUUUCGGCGGUGGUCACGGUGGUUAUGGCGGCGGCCCUGGUGGUUUUGGCGGCGCCGGCGGGUUCGGUAAUUCCGGUUUCGGCCAAGUCCCUCAAGAGUCUAUCAGCGUAUCGAAAAGUGUCAGCAUUAACGCCGGGCCCGGUGGUGGUGCCGCCCAGUCGAGUGCUAACGCCGGAUCUUACGGGAAACGG